AUGGCUCGUCGUCCGGUUCGGAUCCCAGAGCGCUUUCGUGUUCUGGAACCCCUGCCACCCCCGCGGGCCCAUUGUUGUCAGGUGUUUCCGGAAUCCAACGUUCGAGAUGCUCCUGACGAUGUCCCCUCCGGACCUCCCUUCCUCAAUCCUCCCAGCCCAGCUUCCAAGCGCAGAACUCCGCAGCUCUCCAGGGUGAAGAUGAUCCGGACCCGCAUGGAUUCCCGUCCUACUCGCAACCUCCACUACGUUUCAAAAACUGGAAUCCUAUCACAGGGGUCGGCCGGAGACCUGCGUGCUCCUGAGAAGAAGCGGAAGAGACAGCCGGCAUCGCCGCCGGUUACUAGACGCCACUAUACCGGGACGGGCCUCCGGAGAAGGACGGAGGCACUCGUUCGCCUCUCUUCCAACCAUGAGGACGAGGGCGUGGAUCCCCAGAUCUACCCGCCUGCCUCCCCUAGGAACGGCUCGUCUGAACCGCCCGCGCUUCCGCAAUUCGAUACGUCCAUCUAUGCUCGCCCCCCCCUUCCAUGGGGCCCCCCAGACGGCGAUGGCGCUUCGUCACCCGUGCAAUUCAACCCACCCACCUAUCCCCGUCCUCCCUUCACACAGGGGCCCCCCGACGGAGACGGCCGAGGAUGCUUUCCAUAA